AUGCUAAAAAUGGGGGACAACGGCGUUCAGAGAGAUGAUAUGUUAAAGCUCGGCACUCCAGUUUCAGACUGGGUCAAUCUUGAACUGAGGCUAACCUCUCCAGUUGAGCCUGAUGACAAACAUUGCCUUAGGUUUGUCAAUGACGCAUGUGAAAGGCUACUAUUCCCUUCCGAACUUGACUGGAGCAGCCCCAUAGUAAAGGCGGGGAUUCAGGAUCGUUCAGAGGGUCAUACUGUGAUUGACCUUUCUUUUUCAACCUUUUUGUUCAUCGAGCCCAAGCUCCCAGCAAAGCUAAACCUCUUUUGUGUCUCCCCUUUUGACAAACCUCGCUUGGAGGCUAUGUGCUCAUCUUUUGCAACUCUUCAAACACAUAUGGACAAUGGGUCUACGUCCCAAUCUUUAGUGUUACCUUUGCAGGUCUCGAGGACAACGCCUGGCAGCCCCGCACAGGCAGGGCUCUAUAGCGGCACACCAGCAGAGUCCUGUGUCUUUGUCCCAAUCUGCAGGACUGCAGGCUCCAGCGUUACUGUGCGGCAGUCUUCCUACAUCAUCGUACCCAGCACCUCUGCAGAUCCUGAGGAUAACAUCUGGCAGCCAUGA